AUGAGAGAAACGCAACACUUGAUUGUCGAAACGGAGAGUGGUUCUUUCCAUAUCAUUAGCUCACUAUCAAGACGGAGGGACACUCAGAUCAUUACCAUUGAAAGAUAUACAGGUCAAUUGUUAUAUACGGGACAACCAAAUGUUGAUCUCUUUAGCAAUCCGCAAGAGGCUUUGAAAUUUCUCGCGAAGGAUAAAAAGAAUAUUAAAAGUGUAACAAAAUGUCACGCCAUUAUUGGAUAUACAGUCAUCGGAAUGUGUGGAUAUUUAUUCAUUUGUACCAAAGUGAGCCUCGAUUUAUUAUUGCCACCCUCUCAUCAAGUUUUCACAGUUCGAGAAACUGAAACCAUUACCAUACCAUUGCAAUAUCCUCAUAGAAUCACUCGUGCCGAAGUGAAAAAUUGUGAGCUCAUGGCCGAGUUUCAACUCAAGGGACUCCAUUUCUAUUGCGAAACCUAUGAUUUGACAAGACCUUUUCCUUCGACUCAUUCGCCACAAGAUUACACGGAAGAAUUUUGUUGGAACACUCACCUCACUGAGAGCUUUAGAAAAAUUCGAAUGAGAAGUUGGUGUUGUGUCUUGUUGCAAGGAGUUGCAAGAUCUUCUGGUCCCAUCCAAUGUAAAGAAACAGAUGAAGCCAUUUUGACACGAGGGCAACAUUUGUUUCAAGGUCAACAAAAUGGUUCCUCGGAUGAAGUUAGUGUGACAUCUUCACAAAAUAAUGUGAAUGGUGGAGACAAUUCUGGAAGUAUUAAUUUGGCAAUUAUUUGUCGAAAGAGUUGUCUCAAUCCUGGAACUAGAUAUAAUGCAAGAGGAUUGAAUGAUAAAUCAAGUCCUGGAAAUGAAUAUGAAUCGGAACAAAUAAUGUGGAGAGUGUACAAUGGAACCGUCAUGUUUAGCACAUUUGUAUGGAGGAGAGGAACUGUCCCAAUUCAUUGGCGAAGCGAAAUUAACAAUGCAGUACAGGAUGCAAAUAUAGUCAUAUCGGAUCGACCCUACGAAAACAUUGAUAUCUAUUACAAACGUAUUGUUGAACGAUAUCACAAUCUUCCAAUCACCAUUAUCAAUUUACUUCGAGUCAAAGAGGUUCACCCAGAAGAAGGAAAUUUAACUUAUCAUUUCAGAGAAUCUCUCAAAGUAGUGAAAAAAUUAAUGGCCAUCGAUCAACUUGAAAUGAUUGAAUUCGAUUGGCACACGAUUCACAAACAAGAAGGUGUUGACAAGGGUGUUAAGAGAUUGUGGGAGCUUGUUUCACCAAAAUUGAGAGCAGCGGGUGUCACCACAGGUAUUAUGCGCGUCUCGUCUCACGGAACUGUGGUUGACAUGAAGUUGUGGAAGAAACAAAACGGAAUUUUGCGAGUGAAUUGUGCUGACUCUCUCGAUCGUACUAAUUUAAUUUGUUUCUUCAAUUCCAUUCAAGUCAUUGCAGAACAGUGUCGACAAUUAGGAGUUUCUUUAUGUGAUCCUUCAUGCGAUUUUUCAGAGAGUUGGAAAUCAUUGAACUAUUCUCUUCAACAAGUUCGUGAGCAAUUUGAUCCUAUUCUCUUGUUGAAACUUGCUGAAAUUUAUGUCAAUGUUGGAGACGUUUGUGCCACUUUGUACACAAACACUGUUGCCAUGCACACAUCACCCAUGCGUGAAUUUGCACAACAUUUAGGAGCAGCACCAAACAACACCAAACUCAUUGUUGAGAGAAGAAUUCAAAAUGUCCUCAAAGACAAAAUUCGGCAACAACAAUAUGAAAUGUUCCUAGGACUGAACUUGGCAAAAUAUUUUCCUUCUCAUAUUGUGAAUACCAAACAUGGCGAAAUUCGUUACAUUAGUCAUUAUCCAACCUUUAUUUUCAAAUCUGUUCCAAAGGAAAUUGAAUACAACACAACAGAAGAAAGAGCACUCAUUCGAAGUGGAUUCUCUCAUCAAUGGAUAUGUCCAAGAGAUUUUGAUUUUAUCGAAGUUCAAAUUUAUUUACCUUUUUAUUGUAGAGUUACUGAGCUAGCGCUCACCAUCAAGCAUGGACUCAAUGAUGCCACUUCUCCAUCCAAGAUGGACGUUUUUGUUGGUACACACAUUGAUGACUGUUUAAUGGGAUUUCAAGAAUUGAAUAUUCCUCGUUGCGAAGAUGGAACUAAAUUAUUGUACACACUACCUCCUCAAAUUUCAGGAAUUCCUGAAAACUCCUCACUUUAUGACUUUGAAGGAAGUGAUGCCAGUUCUAAAAUGAGAGUGAUUAGAAUUAUUUUCUAUGGUAUUCCUCCAUGUAGUUGCAUGACCAUUGGACAAAUUCAACUUUUCGGAACCAUUGACACGCUGUUAAAUCCUUCGCAAUCACCAAAAGAAUUUUAUUUGGAACUAUUGAAAGCUUCUUCACAGAAUGAAGUGGAACAAGUGCUUUCCAACUUGGAGAAACAACAACAAGAAGUAUCAAAACGAAAAGCAGAAGAAAUUAAAGAGUUGGAAAAGCAAGUAGAAAAGGAGGAAGAGACUGAGCGAAAUGAAAUAACUUUCAGUGACAUGGUUAAAGAUGGCACUGCCGUAGAAUUUACGCAUGACGAGAAUUCAGUCUCUGACACUCACUCCACAGUUCACCACAAUUUAGAUGAAACCACCAAUUCUUCUGCAAUGAACAGCGCUUCAAAUCUAAUGGCUCUCGACGACAAUACAUCAGAAGUUAAAAUAUUAGGAAACGGUAACGACUUGUCCCGCACAUUUGAUACCAUUUUCGAUGAUUAUUUUGAACAAAAGAAUGAACCAAAAAAUACUGACAACUUGGAAACAUUCCUUCAAACUUCAAAAACUACUGCCACCGAUCAUGAUCUAUUACGAGACAAGCUCAUUGAAAUGAUCAAUAACCAAGAUGAAUCAUUGAGAGAACUUCGUAAUGACAAGACUCGAUCUUUGGAAAAGUAUUUGAAAUUUAUUCAAACCAAAGUGCCAACACCAACUUCAGAAAUGACCUUUACAGACGCUCUUGAAUUGGAAUUGGCUCGUUUGAAACUCUAUGUCACAGCAAGUGAAAGAGACAACCUUCUCAUUCAACACGGAUACAAGAUUGACAAAUUUGAUCCCAAUCAGUAUAUUUAUUCGAGAGACUCAAAAGUUGAGAAAUCGAUUCGAAAGAGUUUAGAAAGCUCGACUUGCUCUCUCUGUAAAACAAGUAUCAAGCUUCGAAAAUCUUCGUGUCGCUAUUGCAGACAUGCAUUCUGCAAAAACUGCAUGUCCAAGACCAAAGCAGACAUUAUUGAAUACAAUUGGAAGAGUUCCAAUGUUUGCAUGGAAUGUUUCUCCAAUAUUCAAAAACAAAAAGAAAUGAUCCAUGAAAUUCAAGAACACAUCAAAAUUGAAACUGGAAAAUCCAAGCUGGCCACCAAAAAUAUUUCUCGGCUUUUCACAGAAUUGUAUCCUCCCAUUUCACAAUCUCGAAAAAUGAUGAACAAACACGCCAAAGAAACUCUAUGCUCAGAAUUUCCUGGAAGUGGAAUUUUGAGUACGGUUGAGACUGCUCCAAAAUCUCCACCCAUUGAAUCCAUCUUAUUUCCACCUGACAUUCUUCCAUUGGAGUAUUGGUAUGCACCUCCCAGUACUGAUUCUGUUACUAUCAUUAUCGUAUUGCAAUCAUAUGCCAAACUCUCACGAAUGGUCUUACUAGUCGAUCAAUUAGGAUAUUCCAACGAAGACGCUCCUAUUUUUGAUAUUGCCAUUGCUGAGCGAUUGCCAAGCUUUAAGAGUAUUACUUCAUGGAAGUUGAGUGCCAGUAAGCCGAAUGCCAUGUUAGAAUUUAAUUUUCCUGAGAAUACGAUGUCAUUGCUGUCACAACAGGAGCAGAAACAUGAACCCAUGUGUCGUUUGGUGAGAUUGACUGUGAAGUUACCAUCCCGAGAGGAGUUACAACAAGAAGAAUCACAAGCGCUCCUGUCGUUGGCAACUGAAUCUACUACAUCGCAAGAUGGAGUACUACCAGAGAAUGCACUAGCAGUAACUAAUAUACAACACGAGAAUAGUACAACUAGUACUCUGAGAAAUUCCAUUACAAUGCAAAAAACAAGAUUCCUUCAUCUUGGAAGAAUUCUUUUGUACGGAAAAGUCAUCAAUGACGAAACAAAUUUACACAAAUCUGAAAUUCCACUUCUCAAUUCUCAACAACAAGCCACCAUGGAUGAAAUUCUUCGUUCAAAACCCACCAUUCAACGAAUUCAAUUGAAAGCUGAAUCCAAAUACAUGAAAGAAAACAAUUGUUUGGAUUUAAUUUUAUCUCCCGAAGCAGGUUAUGUUGUGUCUGGAUUUAGAAUUAAUUUAACACACACACCAGAGAGUAUUCAUUCGCAAGUGAAACAUAUUCGAGUGAGUUUUUUAUUUGGAGAGGAUGACAAGGCAACAGAAGGAGCCACCUCCCAACUUGUUGUGGAGAAAAUUACUGUACCAAAAGUAGACGCUGGAACAUCAUUAAUUUAUGAAUUUAACAAGACGUAUAAUAUGAAUGUGAAAUUGGUGAGAUUUGAAUUUUUAUCGACUUAUGGAUGUCAUGUGAAUGAUAUUUCUGUACCUCAAAUUUUCCUUUUCGCAAAUUCUGUUUGA